AUAAAACAUUGCUGGUUAGCGCUUGGUUAACGUUUGACCAGACAGGAUGGGGUUGCUCAGAUCACUCUCAAGUCUUAGGAGUGACUCACUUGAUCUCUCCGCUAAGACUGUGAUCAUGACACCCAUGGUGCAUCUGUUGUUGCUCCCACUCCUGUUCAGCAUUGCUGGCGGGAAGGAUCUGGAGGAAAAGAAGGGCCCAUUUGAGAACACAAUGCUGGAUGUGCCAGAGGGGACACCAGUGCCGUAUCCCAUGCAUCAGUUUCAGGUGACCCACCCAGGUGUGAAUAAUUUCAGGCUGAGUGGAGAGGGGAGGGAAAAAAUUAAGAUUUCAAGGGAUGGGUGGCUCUACCUGGAGAAGUCUCUGGACUGGUCUCAAGAAGAGCAUUACACGAUCAUGGUGGAGGCGUUGGCAGAUGAUGAAGUCGUUGAAGGUCCAAUUUCUGUGAUCAUAAAUGUGUUGGAUGUCAAUAACAACGCUCCGUACUUCAACCAGACUGACUACACAGCUGUGGUUAGAGAAAACAAAGCAGCAGGUGUCCCAUUUACCCGCGUGUUUGCGUUGGACCAGGACGACCCCAAGACUCCUAACGCUCGUCUGAGCUACAGCCUGGUCAGCCAGAUCCCCAACAAACAGCACACCCUCCUGUUCCAGAUCAACCCCAACACCGGAGAGAUCUCCACCACGGAAGAAGGAGAACGGAUGCUAAAGGCCAGAGAGGGCAUCAAGUAUGGCAGGGGUGAAGAUCAGAGCAUUGAAACACUGAAGACAAAGUUUGAUGAGUACUGUCCGGGGAACAAUCCCCAAUCUAUCCCCUAUGAAGCAAACCCCUUCUUCACCUGUGUGGAGAGAGCAGAGAUGAGGAGGAGGAAUGCGGACCCCUUGGAGGACCCAGACUACACCCUGAUCGUGCGUGUGCAGGACCUGGGAGGAGAGUCAGAGAACGCACUGAGUGGAAACGCCAGAGUUCACAUUGUUGUGCAGCAAAACCUGUGGUUCAGCCCUGGACCAAUAAUUGUUAAAGAGAACUUACUGGGAAAUUAUCCCAUGGUCAUUGCAAAGGUCCAGUCUAAUGAUCCUGAUGCCAUCUACAGUUUGGUGCAGAAAGAACGAGAGCUGAAAUUCCCCUUCCAGAUAACCGAAGAUGGAGAGAUACUCCUGACAGAGCCGCUGGACAGAGAAGACAAGAACAUGUACAUCCUGGUGGUGUUCGCAAAGGAUAACAACGACCAAGAGUUGGAGGAGCCUUUGGAGAUUCAAGUCAUUGUGGGCGAUGUGAAUGACAAUGCACCAAUGUGUGAGAAAGAGGAGAGUGUAUUUGAAGUGCAGGAGAAUGAGCCCGUAGGCAGUCUGGUAGGAAAGCUGUUGGCCCAUGAUAUUGAUGAUGCCGAGACGCUGAAUGCUCAGCUGACUUACACCAUCCUGUCCCAAAAUCCACCCACCACACCCAUCGUCUUCUCCAUCGACGCUGCUUCUGGAGAAAUUCGGGCGUUGCGCUCGCUGCAGCGAAAAGAAGAGCAGGCCUAUCACCUCAGUGUCAAAGUCAGCGACCCAGCUUUCAGCACCGAUUGUAAAGUCAUCAUCAAGGUCAUUGACAUCAACAACGAGCUGCCUCUGUUUGAGAAGACUGAUUAUGGCAACCACACUCUGGCAGAGGACACCACUGUUGGACACACACUGCUGACCAUCACAGCAACAGAUGCUGAUGACCCAGACAGCGGCAGCUCCCUCAUCGAGUUCCACAUCUCUUCUGGCAACGACGGUAACGUUUUUGCCGUGGAAACAGAUGGAAAAGGCGUUGGCCAUCUGGUCAUAGCUAAGCCUUUGGACUACGAGUCUUCUAAAGACUACAAACUCCAGAUUGAUGCUCGUAACCCAGAGCCGCUGAUGAAAAACCUGGAGUACGGCAGGGAAUCCACAGCCUUCGUCUCUGUGUCUGUCACCGAUGUGGACGAGGCCCCGGAGUUUAGUCUGGACAUCCUGGAUGUGACUGUGCCUGAAAACACCACCAAGGGAUCAGUGCUGCUCACUGUGGAGGCAAAGGACCCAGAGGGCAAAGAGAUCGGUUUCAAGUUGGACGGUGACACUCGUGGCUGGCUGGAGAUCGAUGCUGCCACAGGAGAAAUCAAGACCAAAGACAAUCUGGACAGAGAGACCCUGGAGACUUUCGAAGUCACUGUCACUGCAUUUGAGAAGGAGAACCCUGAGAAGUCUUCUGAGCGUGUCGUGUCUGUGAGGCUGCUGGACGUGAACGACAACAUCCCCAGACUGAUCGAGAAGCAGGCCUUCAUCUGCGUAAAGAAGCCUGAACCUGUCAUCAUCAAGGCCCAAGAUGGAGACAGCGAGCCUUUCUCCAAGCCCUUCACCUUUACCUUUGCCCACGGCAAGAAAACACCCAACUGGGACCUGAAGCCAAUCGACGAUACAGCAGCUAUACUGACCCUGAAGAAAAUACCAACUGAAGACAAAACUUUCACGCUUCCCAUUAACAUUAAAGACAAGGCAGGCAUGGGAGUCACACAGUCAUUUGAGGUGAGAGUAUGUAACUGCACAGAGCUGGGCUACUGCUAUGUCGCACCGGCCGAUCGUUCCUCCAGAUUAGGAAUGGGACCCACCAUCGGGAUCCUGGCUGGCACUCUGGGAUUCUGCGUUGUUGUCUUCAUUGUAGUGAUCAAACGUGUAAAUAAAGGGGGCAAGAGGAAAACCCUGACUGAGGAGGAAGAGAGAGAGAGGAACGUCAUGAUGUAGAGACUGCACACACACACACACACACACACACACACACACUUACUUUAGCUUAUUUUAUUUUAUUUACAAAAGAGAGUAGAGCUUGAUUAAUAGGUGUUGUGCAUACUUAAUUAAACUGUCAGGUGGCCCCAUGCUAAUCAUGCAUUUAUGUAGCUUCUAGACUUAAUUUAUUAAGAUGUGACUUCCAGACUCUGUUUGUUUCAUUAGCAGUUUCAUUAUCUCAGCCGAUUCAAUUAGUUUUUGGCCGAGAGCUUGUUUUGUUAUUGCCUUCUGCUUCAAUGUAACAGCAAACUGUUGAAUAACAGGUGGAAAUAACAGGUGGAAAGCUGUUUAAUGUUAAGCAGCAUCUUAAACCCAGAAUGUCACGGUUACUACAGUGCUGUAAUGAACAAUAACUAAUGUGUUUUCUAAUGAGCAGUCACUGCUCUGUUUCCCAAUAAACAAACUGGGAACCACUUUGUGUGCGUCUGUCUGCGUGGGUGGAUGUACACAGUGCGUGUCAGUGUGGACGCAUGGUGCUGCAGGUGAUCGGUGGCAUAAAACACGGGCAUCUUCCUCUGUUCAGGUUUCUGACAAGUUCACAGCCCUGUCUGUCUUUUUCUCCCGUCCUCCCUCCUCCCUCCCUGCCGGUCUGCCGCUGAGCAGUCAAGGCCACGGUGCUGCUGCAGAGAAUGAUGCUCUGAGUCAUCUCUGUGACAGUGGGAGACAGGCCACAGAUUGUUAGUGGUGCUGUAAAGAGGGUGGCAUGAUUGUGGGCUUUUAUGCAGCACAAAGAGGCCGCAACACACACACACACACACACACACACACACACACACACACACACACACACACACAAAAACACACUCUUAAGUGGCAAAACACACACACGUUGAAUGUUGGUGCCACAUGUGCUGCCAUGAUCGUGCAUCCUUCCAGGCCAUGUGCUGCAUUUGUGAAUUACUCUGUGUGUGUGUGUGUGCGUGUGUGUGUGUGUGUGUGUGUGUGUGUGUGUUUGGGAUGAGUCAUCGAGCAGCCCGCUACAGCUUUCAAAAGCCAAACAGGAAAACUGUCAGAGGCAGAGGAGCACACUGAGCUACAGCCUCGUAAUGACAAACUCAACAUGGAGCCCCUCCAGUGUUUAUGUCUGCACUCUCUCUUUGCUUGUAUCCCAGCAACACUUUCCACAACAACACACACACACACACACACACGGAGGGUCCUGGAGAGCUGGUGGGAGAAGUUGAAAGAUUGAGGGACAGAAGAGAAGAGGUGGAGGAAAGACAGGGAUAGUAAACUGUGUGAUGGAUGAUGUGUCCACCUCAGAAUAUCAAAACUCACCAUCACCACACACAUGACUGUUUUUGUCUGUACUGGAGAGCCCUGUUAUCCUAAUAUAGAAAUACUGAGGGAGUAGAUUGCCAUCACAAUCAACAAUCAUCAGCUGAUGUAACUCCAGGUCAGACUGCGUAUUUAACCUUUAAAACAAUAUAUCAUAAUGCUUUUCAACUAAUAAACAUAGACAGCUCCAAUAAGACAAACACAAACUAAACAUCUGUCUUAUAACCAAGAUAUGUUAGUAUGAUGCACAUGUUACAUACACACAUAUUCACACACUCAGUCAGUAUAGUAUAAAUGUGAGAAUAUAAUUUCUUCUUCUAUAUACAGAAAAGAAGGGAAAAUAAAUACACCAUGUUAUAACCCAAAACGUCAGUUUUUAUUAUUACAAUCUCUCGUUCCUUUUAUUACAGUAUUUGAAAGCUUUUGAUCUGUGUAUUAAAAGAAAAAUGUCCAAGUUAUUUUAAAAAGUAAUCCAUUUUACAUUUAAAUCUGUCUGUGAGAUAGAAACUAUUUUUAUAAUUCUGUCCAUUUAAAUGCCAAUUAAUACUUAGUAAUUUAGUCAGUUUAUUCAUGGCUUAGUAAUUCAUUAGUAAAAUAUGAUGUUCAUUUCUGUAUUUAUUGUCAAUGAAAUUUUUUAUAAUGAUUUCCAUGACACUUGUGGUCCUCCAUACAAUGUUCCUCAGGCAAUAGUUCAACCACCUUUGUUUUUGAAUGGACCCAAAUGAAGUUCAGUGCAGGAGAAGUGAACCUUCCUUUUAUUUAUUACUAAUAGAAAACACACAUAAGAUACAACUAGACACUUUCUGUAUGUUGUGAAAUGUUAGAAUUGUGACGACCGAGGACUAAAAUGAUCCACUCUGCUUUAGAAAUAAACAAAAGCUGCCACUUAUUAAUCACAGUUUCCCAUCUAAACCCAUUAAAAACAACAAAUACAUCAAAAACUGAUAAGUUGUAGUUAGUUUAGUUGUGUGGGAUGACGUUCAUUACACUUAAUCCCACGGAAAAGUAAAACCAUGUGAAUAAAUUAUUAACAAAUGUCACCCCACUUUUACAAACUAGUCCUGGAAAAAACAUCAGUGUUUCAGCAGAAAUGAGGCAUGCAAGUGACCAAAAUGUGAUGCGGAGGUGUUUAUUUUCAGUAAACUAAGUCACUUAUAAACCAAACACACCAGUUGUUCUGGACACUUAAAGUAUGUCACUGUGAUGACGAACAAAAAGUCUUGAACCCUCUUCCCUCUCUCUUUGUGACAGUAUUCCUCUGGAAAAUGUAAAUAAAAAAAGUAUUUUUUGUUAAUUGUGGCUAGCUAUUAUCUCACAAUCUUGUAUUAUGGUUUGGUACUAGGCAGUCUUUGCCAGAUGUUUCUGAAGUAGCACUUUACAGAUGAUGUUGAAGUCCUGUUUAUUGUUGAAGUUACUGAAAGUCCUCUAGGCUGCGGUGAUCAGCUGUUGAACUCUAGUAGUGAUGAAGAUAUUGCUUUAAAGAAGUUAUGGCUUGUUGGAUAACCAGACAAUUUCUAUACUCAGUGGUUGAGUAUGUACAAUGAACAAUGGACAGUAUUCAAAUCCCUGCUUUUCUGUUUGAAACUUUAUAGAAUUAAAUAAAUAUUGAAUGAAGCUGGACCUGAUUCCAAACUUACAGAUAUAUCGUGUAACUCCAUAAAUAAAAUUAAUCAGUACUGAAAAGGUUAACACUUCAGCCCCACUCACCCAUAGAGCAUUUAUAAACUCUAUGUAAACAUAGUAUUGUAUAACGCACUGUAAUGUAGUUGUUAGCAGAUAUGAGGACAUUUUAAGUGUCUAUUAAUGUACAGUAUUUCUCAAUAGUUAGACCUUGUCCUGUGAAGACAAAUGUUCUGUAACAACAGCUUUUACUUUACCCACUUAGGGGUUUGUACUCUUGUAUCUGCGUACAACUGCACUAAAAUGUGUUAUAAACCAUUUAUUAAAAAUUUGUGUGUGUAAGUGUAAAGCUUAAUAUUAACUUAUACAACAGUAUCAUCUAGUAAUGUGCUGAGUUCUUGAGUGUUAUUUUGUUAUAUGGCUAUUGCAUAAAAUGUCCAGUUGAUGGCAGUAUUCUCCAGGACUGUAUGUGUUAUGAUGGUUUAACCUCCAGUGGACACCUGAUCUUUCUGAUACCACAGCAUCAUCUAGUGGUGAAGUGACGACCUCAUGACAAUAACCUCACGGACCAAUCCACUGUGUCACUGCCACACGUAACAUUGAACUCACUGAUGUGUACUCAAUAGUGACAACCAUCACACUCAACAGCCUGAGACACUCUGACCUCCCAGGUGUCUGUAGGUUACUGGGACGUCCUGCUGCAUUCCCGGGGUGUGGCAGUGUGUUCGCUGCAGGGCAGACUGUGUCAACCAAAAACACACAACAGCAGUACACACAGGCGGUGUGUAUUCUGUGUUUUAUUAAACCAUUCCAUAUACAAAACUUAACCCACAUAAGUUACAAUUUAUACAUACAACUGUAGAUAAACAUGUGUAACAUAAUGCUGAAGCUGAAUAAAUAACCUUAAUAAUAUUCAAACAGCUUGUUUCAAAUUUACAUUCUGCUCAUUCAUUUGGGCUUAAAUACACUUAAACACACAACCAUGCCCCUGUGAAUAGUGUUAAACUGGAGAGUGUGAGGGGAGUGGUCUGCUUCUACUUUCACCUUUGCUGCCAUGAAUAAUAAAAUCUGUAACAAACUUUUUAUCCACACUGCUAACAACCAGUCAGAAAACAAACAUAAGGCAAGGUGAACAUUCAUCCCUUUUUAACCCAAACUGUCUUUUUGUCUUUUUUACUCCAACAGCUUCAAAAACAAAAGCUUUGCUGCUGUAACCAAAUGGUUUGACUGUGGUAAAGUUCAGUGAGUGUGUCUAUGCUCAGAGGUUCACAAACACAUACUGACGGUAACUCUAACACUGUCACUUCAGCCAAAGUAGUGUUAGGGAAAUGGAGAAUACUUCACUUUACUGUUACUUCUUUCAGC